AUGGUCUUACAGAAUCACACUAUGUGUUAUUAAGUGAAAAUCUAUCAUUUACUUGGAGGAUUGUUCAUUAAGUAUUUGAGAGGAUUAAAUAAGGUGUCUUUAUAUUUGAAAGUAUUAUAAAUAUUCAAUUAAUAUCAUGACAGGUUGUGAUUGAAAGGAGAUAUUUAAAGAAGCAAAAUCAUUUAUAUCAAGACUUAUAAGGGUUAAUCUUUAAAGGAAAUUAUCAGCAAAAAAACAUUAAAUGA